GCGGGGCCUGUCGGGGGCGGGGCGUGGCCAUGGCGCAGGGGCCCGCGCACGGCCCCGGGUGCUGCUGCUGCUGCGGGGCGGGGGGCGGUGGGGAGCGGGGCGCGGCCUGGGGGCUGCACCUGCGGAUCGACCGGCAGCGCCUGCACUGCCUCAACGAGCGCCGCGACGGCAGCGGGGCCCUCGUCUUCCGCGCCUGGGAGGAGCGCGGCGACCGCGGGAAGUUCGUGGAGAGCGACGAGGACGCGGAGCUGCUCUUCAAUGUGCCGUUCACGGGCAGCGUCAAGCUGAAGGGCGUCAUCGUGAUGGGCGAUGACGACGGCUCGCACCCGGCGGAGAUGAGGCUGUAAGUACUGCGGGUGCUGUGCUGGAGCCCCCUGACCUGGGUCGCUCAG